GUCUGUGUGUGUUGGUGCUGGUGAGCAGAUCCGACACGUCCCAGAUACACAUACAGAGGCCUCCAGCAGUGGCUUGCGCUAAACACCAGUGUGCGGUGAGCGGUGACCAGUGACACAGCACAGUGUGCACCAUUACGUUUUCUUCUCAGUGCCGCAAGGAUGGACCGCUGGGCAGGUCGCGUGGCCUUAGUGACGGGCGCCAGUGCAGGCAUUGGUGCCAGCAUUGUACGCAGGCUGGUGGCCGAGGGCAUGCGAGUGGUGGGCGCCGCCCGGAGCGUGGACAGAGUCCAGGCCAUAGCGGACGAGCUGAAAGGUCAGCCUGGGUCACUGCUCCCCAUCAAGUGUGAUCUCACCAAGGACGACCAGGUGCUGGCCAUGUUCGCGCGCAUCAAGCAGGAGCUCGGUGGCGUCGACGUGUGCAUCAACAACGCAGGAAUGUCCAUUAACAGUUCCCUGCAGGAGGGCACCCCUGACCAGUGGCGGAAGAUGCUGGACCUCAACGUGGUGGCGCUGUGUCUGUGCACGCGCGAGGCAUUGGCGUCAAUGAAGGAACGCGGCGUUGACGACGGCCACAUCAUUCACAUCAACAGCAUGGGCGGGCAUCGCAUCGCUAACCUCCCUGGCAUUCACUUCUAUGCCGGCACUAAGCACAUGGUGACUGCCCUCACCGAGGCGCUGCGGCAGGAGCUGAGGCAGACCAACACCAACAUCAGGAUAUCAGCCAUCAGUCCUGGCAUGGUGGAGACAGAGUUCGCUGAGAGAGCUGGCAUGAGUAAAGCAGCAGCACACCAAAUGUACACCCAGAAUGCCUGUAUGCAAGCGGAUGACAUCACCGAGUCAGUAAUUCAUGCACUGUCAGCCCCGCGACGCGUGCAGAUCCACGACAUCCUGAUUCACCCCACCCAGUCACAAAUAUAAGCAGCAGCAAACAGUGGCAGACUCCAGCAGACCUCACUUAAUGUCGGGCCGGCUGACUGACUAGAUGGCUGACUAACAACUAACUAGCAUAUACACACUUAAGAAGGAGGUUUCAAGACAUCUAUCCCAUUCUUUUAGCUAAUUCUCUCGGAUCUGCUCGGGAACUGGCAUCUAAGUGGGCUUUUUCUUUUGCAUUUUAUUUUUCUGUCCUUAGCCAGAUUUCCCCGCUUACAUGAACACACACACACACACACACACACACACACACACACACACACACACACACACACACACACACACACACACACACACACACACACAUACACAUUUCAUCCUUUUAUUCAAUAGUAUAUGAGCCUCAGAGAAAAAGCUUAAAUGAAUGUUUAAAGGAAAUAAAAGUUUGGAGGUCAUAAA